GCACCAGAAGGCCUAAAUGUGGUCAAAACAAACUUCACUUCAAUCAGUGUUGAGUGGCAACCUCUUCCUCAAAGUAAUAUACUUGGAACUGUAUCAGGAUACAGGAUAAAAUAUGCCAUUUCUCACAGUGCUGUUUAUGCAAGCAUGGAUUUAAAGUCUGAUCAAACUCAGGCUAUAAUCAGUAACCUUGAGGGGAACACUGACUAUAAAAUUACAGUUGCUGGAUUAUAUAAUGAAGGACAAGAAGAAGGACCAUAUUCAGACAAAAUAGAUGCCAAGACAUCAAAACAGUCAAGUAAGUUCAUAUUGAAAAGUACUGUUUACUUUGAACAUUUGGUGUAGUUUUUAACAAGGUUUAAAAGCCAAGCUCUGCAAAAACUUGGUCUGAAGCUGGAAUAAGCCACAUGGAAACAAGCUGGGCUUUAGCCAAGGGAUUUAAAAUAAUCAUUAUUGAAAAUGGAUUAGGGCCAGAGAAGAGAUCAUGCAAGAAGCAGUCGCUUGUUUUAGGCAGGCUGGGACAGGCUUAAGGGCCAAAGUAUCCCAAUUUGGCUCCUUAACAGCCAGAAAGGAAAUGACUGCCAUUGUUUACCAUUGUUGUGUUGGCAUAGCAUAAUCAGCACUUAAACAAUUUUAACUCUGUUAGUAUGGCAAGAAUUGAACAAGAAUGGAUUUCAAAUUAUUGGUGCCCAAUAAUAUUAUAUGUAGAUGUUACAGUCAUGUUAGUGGUUCAACCUGAUAGUAGUCAUUCUUGUAAGAGAGACAUACUAUCAAUUUGUACUAUUAAUUGCCACUUAAAGAUAUCAACUAUGGUCUCAAAAUGAUCUGGGUCAAGUUGUUCAAAGGGCAGAUAAUGCUAUUCAACAGAUAAAUCACUAUCCAGAACUGAGAUAAGUGUUGAGGAAAUGUACUGUACUAUCCAUCAGAUGGAGAUUUAUCCAGUGGAUAACGUUAUCCACCCUUCAAACAACUAGGGCUGGAUGGAUAGCUAGCAGAAUAAUUCUUCUCCAUCUGGAGAUGUUUAUUGUAUAGAGACAAAUGUUGAGAGUGAAACAAAGUCAUCCAAUGUUCAGUUUGUCUAUAUUUUUCUAUCAAUAAAACAGUUAGGUUAGAGGUCCAUGACACAUGUAAGGGGAGAAUGCAAAGAAGAAAGUAAAUGUAUAGAGAUGCCUGCUUUUGAAAGGUUAAUUACAAGCAUUAACAAAAAUAUAUUCAUUUGACAUAAACAACUUCAUGAAUCAUGGGCCAAAUUUUUUUAUGCCAGAUUGAAAAGCCUCUACUUCUCUCAAAUUUUAUUAUUGAAUGUAUUUUUGACAAUUCAACAUCACCCCAGGCUGACACCUAGUAUCUCCAAUAAUUAUACAUUUCCAAUCAUCAAGUAUUAGGCAAGUUUUGACAAAUUUGAAGUUGCAGUGGACAUGCAGUCUAUAUAACCUUUCUGUGGUUAGCAAUGUCAUUUUUUGUAUUUUCACAAGGUGAAAAUACUGGGUGACGCAUUUUUUCAUUGUUGACUUUAAGGAGAAGUAUGCUUGAAAGAAACCAGACAACUAUAUCUCUGCCAUCAUAAAUAAAUACCUGAUAAUUAACUGUAUUUGGGAAUUUGGGAGUAACUUAAUGCUAACUGUUGGGAAACUGCAUGAAUUCAAAUGUGCUAAGAAUUUUAGCACACUUGCCACCAUUUUGAAAUCAGCUGAGUAACCUGGCUUCACAGUAAAAACCAAAAAGUUUAGUUCACUAACAGUUGCUAGCUGCUCUGAUUAUGGGAAAAAAUCAUGAUUCAAAUCAAGAAUGCCUUUUUGUGAGUAGUUUAUUGUUCAAAUAGGUCACUAAGGAAUGAAGAAAAGAGUUGUUAAACUUUUCAGCAUCAAAUGAAAGACAUUUUGGUUAAAGAGUAGGUUAAACUUAUGAAUCUCAAAAUAAGGCUAGUAUAAUAAUUUCUUUUUAUGGUUGAUAAUUAUAAUCAUAGAGUUUUUUGGAGCAUACAUCUCCUAAAUUAGGUAAAAAAAAUUUAAAAGAAUUAAUGUAAUGAAAAUUCCAACAACAGUGAUAAAACCUUGUUCUGCUUCAAAAGGUCUACUCAUGAAUUGCCAUAUUCCCAUAUUCCUUUCUUCUUAUAUGUUUAAUUAAGUGCCAUAAAGCUUGUGAAUGCCAGUGAAUAAUCACUUCAUCUGUUGAAAGGCUAACCAGCAAAUUGGCAUUACAAUAUAAAUCAGAAAUGAAUUAUUAUAGACUGCAUGGGUUAGUUUUUUACUUUUAGUUUUUAUUUGAAAAAAGGGACUAUGACAAACAUAUUUUCAAUUUAUUUUGUUAAACAUUGAUUUCUUGCUUCAAAUUGUUGCUUUACAGGUAAUCCUUGUGAUUGUGAUCCAUGCCAAAAUGGAGGAACAUGUUUUGAACAGGGGAACCACUCAAUCAGUCUAUUUUACUGUAAAUGUGCGGCAAACUUCAGUGGUGAAGUGUGCAAUGUGUCUUUGAGAGGUAUGUUAAGUUUCAAAAGUGUCUAAUUAUGUCUAUAAUGAUAAUAUGGAUUGCUAGAAUUCAUAUACUUUACUCAGACACACAAUUAUUGAUCAUAGAUAGCUCAGAGAUGCAACAGGGUAUAUUUAUGGGGGUAUUGAUAUGUUGGAGAUAUAUAUAUGUUGCUCCUCUGGUUAGAAUAGUGGACUCUGCACAAGGCCUUUAUAUAAUUCACAGAAAUUUGAGAAAAGUUUUUUUGCUUUCUUUUUUUUUUUUUUUUUUUUAUCACAAUCAGACUUUGCAUGCCAAAGCCCAGUUGUGAGCCUGCCAAAUAUCUCACCAAAUGCUUCUUCAGACUUCAGCUUUUACAAAUCAAGACAGUUUAUAAUCCAGUCUGAAGUGGAACUGAACUGUGAGUUGUCUGACAAAACACUGUUCUUCUGGCAUGUUUAUCAACUUGGUGAAGAAGAUACACCAUUACUUUCAAGGAGUAGCUUUUCAGAAUUGCGGAUCACACCACGUUUGUUGCCAGUGGGUGAUUUUUUGGUGCAACUCAAUGUUAGUAUCAUGGGAACAGCAGUGUUUGGGGUCAGUCAGGGUUAUUUCCAGGUGGUGAGUAGCCCACUAGUUGCAUUAAUUGCUGGAGGAAGUAAGGUGGCCAGAGGACAAUACAGAGCACUGAUCUUUGAUGCAUCCCUUUCAUAUGAUCCUGAUGAGGAGGAUCAACAAUUCUCAGGUUAGUAAACAAAGAUGUUUCAAAUCUGUUGACAAAUCCCAAAAUGAUGCAAGAAAAAAAAGGAGUAAGCUUGCUGAUAAGUGUAACAUAAUUUAUACUCUCUCUAUAUAUAUGUGUGUAUAUAUGUAUAUACACAUAUAUUGUUAUUUACACUAUUUAUCCCUUGUUAUACCAUAUUAUGCACUUGUAGGCCUCAAUUUUAUGUGGUGGUGCAGAAAUGAGUCAGCACAAGAUCCUGAUAAUUCUGAUGAAGCAGGAUGUUACUAUAGGGUUAGUAAUGAAGAAUCUGCUGUUCAUGAACUGAGAGUGAACAGUAGCCUCAUGGCAGAAAACACCUCAUACUUCAUAACAGUACAGGUUACAAAGGAUGUAAGGCAAGCUGAGUACACUCAGGAAGUGUUUAUUGUUCCAGGUGAUCCACCUGAAAUGCAAAUCAGGUUUGUGGCACAUCAGAUAAUGCUAGUGCUUGAACUUUAUCUGUGGAUUCCAUGCAGUUAAUUUACCAUGUUUAAAAUAUCAAAUUUGAAUUAGCUCACCUUCAACAUAACAAUUAAAAAUUUCCCAAAGCAGAUCACAAUUUACUGUUAGUAGUAAAAUGUGGCCCUAUAAUAAUUUCAAAUACUAAAUGUUUGUAAGUAUGUAUAAGAAUAUGUCCAUAGAUACGUUUUAAUCAUGACCAUUACAAUUUCCUCAAAUGUGAUAGGUGCGGUUGCUAUUUUAUUUUUAACAAAUUAUUCUGUAGAGUUGUAAUUGGACAAUGUAAUUGGACAAUGUAAUUGGACAGUUGGCUGUAAUUGGACAAUGUAAUUGGACAGUUGGCUGUAAUUGGAAAGUUGAAGCAGCCAAUCAUAUUUAGUCCUUUCAGUCAAAUCCACCAAUCACAGAAUUGAUCACAAUAACCAUAGUAACAACCACUUAUCCUAGAAAAAAUUGAGGAAUUUCCAAAAUGGAGAACUUUUAUUACUGUAGACUUCAUCUCUACCAGAGAUAUUUGACUGAAAUGUAUUUCUUGUUUUCGGAAAUUGUAAUGGUUAAUUGGUAACAGGACUCUUAUCAUCCAAUUCAGUCUGUAAUCAUACUUGUGAUUGAUAAAUUGGACUCCUACUUUGCAGUUGUCCAAUUUUGUUACUCACUUGUAUGAUUACAGACCGAAUUGGACUCUACUUGGUCCUAUUACCAUUAUUAAACUGUGUCAUAUCAGGUGGUUUUCCUUCUCUUUGCUUUAUCUCUCUCUGGGGAGUCAAAGUCUUUUUGCAUUGUGUAUGUGUAGAGGUUCAAAUAGAACAUAAUCACUCCUUCAGAGUCUGUUGCUUUAUCGCAGAGGGGUCAAAUAUCAGUGAAGCCUACUUUCUGAUGCAGAAUUGCAAUAAAGCACUUUUAAAUUUGCUCAUUAGAUUACAUGUAUGUAAGAACAACAAAAGAGCUGAUUUCAAAUCAAGUUUUAAAUUACAUAAAUAUUAGAGGCUCCUGAAAAACCUAUUUGAUGAUUUUUCAUGAGUUCCCUGAAAGCACUUUUAUCCUCCCAUACCUUUGGUAACACGCACACAGUAUUUCAGUCUUAUCCUCCUAGUGUGACCGAACGCCCGUCAGUGGCCUUGAGUUUUGGUAUUCACCAAAAUUGUUGGCAAUAUGUAUGAAACUAAUUUAAUUACUUGCUCAGCUUCAAGCAGUGAAUUGAUGAAGCAAGCAAAGAUAACUUGUACUAUCAUCAUCAAUUCGUUUUUUCCUUUUGCUUUUACCAGAAAAUUUUCAAGAAAAGCGUGAGCAUAGAUGAUAACCGCUGAAAUGUAUAUUCCACAUUACAUCUAAUCAAUCUGUAUUUACUACUGUUUCCCAUUUCCCAAUUCUCUUCACCAUUUUCAUUUUUAUUCCUUACUCAUUGCCUUCCAUUUCCCAUACCUCAUUCCAAACUCCAUCCUAUUUCCCAUUCUCUGUUUUCACAAUAUAAUUUAUGCAUGCCCUAUAUACCUGGUUGUCGGACACCUACUUACAAAAAAGGGAAAUUGUACGAAAAGACAACACGUAAUUGGAUUGAGUUUGGUUAGCACUGUUUACUUCUGUUUUUAAGUACGUUUGCUUUUAUUGUUAUCUUUCCUUCAUAGGGAAAUAAACAAAAGAAAAGUUGUUAUAGUAGAAAGAUAGCCGUGGGUGUAGGUUCAACCGUUGAUCUCAUCCUUUCCAAAGGUAAAGUUAAGUCUUGAUGAGUGAAGUAGUGAGUCUAACUAUAAUACGUAAACAUCCUUUAGAUGUAUGGAAAACUGUGAUGCGAAAGUGAAUCCAUCUGGGAGAAUGGCUUUACAAGGCAUGUGUACAAGUGCCUCAUGUCAUGGUAACCUUCACUACAAGUGGACUGUUUUCGAAGGCACAACCAACUCCUUAAACAUUACCGAAUGGACUGAGAUGUUGGCGAUACGGAAAUUUAUAAGUACCCGAGCUUCAUCGAAAUCUUUCGUUACUUACCCUGGUGUACUGAAGCUCAAUACCAGGUAUAAAUUUAUUUUGUCUGCACAACGACCAGGUGAAUACCGCGGCUAUUCCGAGUACCACGUGACCUCAAACAGUCCCCCUGUCGGAGGAGUAUGCAAUGUGAGCCAAAUAUCAGGAGACGCUCUUAUAACAGAGUUUACUUUUGCUUGUGAUAAUUGGCAGGAUCCAGAUCUUCAGUUGCAGUAUGAAUUCAUAUACCUCACAAGACACAAUCUUCUUAAUGUGGCAUACAAAGGAGUAAAAACUAGUUUAACAACCAAACUUCCAGCUGGAGAGAGAAAAAAUAACUUCACCAUCGACUUUCGAGUUCGAGUGGCUGACGUUUUGGAAGCUUACACAGAAGUGCAAACUCCCGUGCAGGUAUGAAAUGGUAACGGCAGAGAAACAACGGUGAUCGGUGGUUUUUUAAUGGUUUUCAUUUCAGUCUGCACUGUCCAUCAUAAUGAGAUUUAGCUAAUGUAAAGUGUCUGUAGACUGCUCUCUUCAUUUUAAUCAUAGGUUUUAGAACCCAGCAUUGGACAAGCCGACCUCCUAGACAUUGUCAAAAACCUCACAACCGGAGAUGAGAGUGAACUGAAUUAUCUGAUUCAGUCAGGUGACGUGUCACGUGCUCUACAACUAACGACGGCGGCCAUUUCAGUCAUUCAUGUCACUGCGUAUGAUAAAUUGAUGGAAAGUGAGGCCCAUGAGUUUGCAGACAAACGGACUGCGGUAAAGAUUUUCUGUGAUGAAAUACUUCUUGUGAAACCUCUGCUGAAAAAAUUUUGAAUUGUCUCUGACAGGAAGUCCAACCAUUCAAAGUUUUAUCAAUUUUUUAUUCUUGCCAGAGUCUUAAGUUGGGUUGGGUUUGCCGCGAACAAUAUACUACAUUCAUACAGUAGCUCUUUCCACCAAAACCAUUUGGAGGUAUCCAAUAGUCUAAUAGGCUUUAGUUUUAAGGCUAGAUUGAUUCAAUUGACUGGUGUGUAGAUUUUACCUUCUCGUAGCAAAGCGUGUCUUCGUGACCAUGCUUACAAAUGUAGAUGCAUCUAAUGGGGUAUUAAAUUGUGCCCAUAAAUUGGAUAGAUGCAAAUUGGGGCUGAAAGAAAGUGAAACAAAUACUAACUUUUCACAAUUGUUUGAGCACCUUAGUUCACCUCUACUCUUUUUUUAAUUAAUAUAGAUGAAAUCAAACAUCAUAGAACAGUUAUCAGCUAUCCCGGCAGAGACUGUUAUCAGAGUUCAGCAGGUGUCGAAUGUGAUUGCUUCCGCCAGUUCAGUCAUAGACGAGGUUACCUUCGAAGCACAGGUAAUUUAUCAACCAAGAACUGCUUUGUUAGUAGACUUAGACCACUUUCUUCGCUAAAAUCAGAGGCAAACCGUUUAUUAUCCUGUUCCUUUGGACCUUUUUCAGAAAGAUGCAACGAAUGCUCUUAAAAAAAUGACGUUAGUAUUAAAGGCGGAGACUGCUGGAGAAAGUUACGACUCGCUUUAUGAUGGCGCAAAAAGUCUUGUGAAUGGUCUCGGUAGCAUACUUAGGGUAGCAGCACAUGGAGCUAGAGUAUAUGAUUCACAAUCACUGGGGAAUUUUGAGAUCAAAGCUAGCUUCGAAGAUGCUUAUGAACGACUCUCGCGUAAAAAACGUAGGGUAACUUUUAGGUCAAGAACUUCUUUGCUACUGGCCAGCAGGACCAAAAGAGACACUAAAGACGCGCAGCUACAGGUGAAGAACCGUUCAGAAAGAAAUACCAGUUAAAAAUUUAACUGAACAAUUGAUCUAAAAAAUGAAUAUAGUAAGAGUGAGGGAUAUUAGACGCGUUAUAAAUCCGUAGCCCAACCCCAAUGUUUUCUACAACAAAGGACUUCUUUUAGCCAGAACCUUUUUUCUUCUUUUCCGAACAGAUUGUUUAUCUGUAGCAGAAUGUUGCCUAGCAUGCCUUUACUUAAUUGUCCGAAUUUUUUCUUGACUGUUUUUUGGUCAGGAGAGUCGAAGUACCUCUCUACCGCUCAAAUCUAGACUGCUAAUUUCUCGGUCAAUUUUCAGUAAUUAGCCUAGCACUUCACAUUACCACAUAACAAAAUUAAAAAAAGCUAUUACAAGUUCUCACUAAUGGUGACAGCAAGAAAUUUUCAUUAAUAUUUCUGUUUCAGGCCCGAAUCCAUGUUGAAAGUAUACUCCAUUCUUUGAAGGACGUCGGAGGUACGAUCUUGUCCCGAACUCUCGUUGGCGAGGAGCCGAAAGAAAUUCCAGCCCAAGCCAUGUCUCUGUUAGUAUUUCGAGAGGAGCCCAAGUUGCUCGCCGACACAAUUCUUUCAAACAAAGGAAAUAGUUUUCAGUUUACUUCAUUACCCAUCCAGUUAGACAAUGAUACCCAUUUCGUAGAUGGUCAGGUAGGUGAUUAAGAAACUUCAUAGAACACAACUUUAUUGAAAGUAUUUCGCCGCUAUUUAUGUUGUAGAACGCGUUGUUACACCUUUUAGACAAAAUUUAGAAGUUUGGCUUGCGUGGAGUUGUCCAUAUGGUCUUGCCCUGUUGUACGACCUACUAACUGCUAAGAGAUCAAUGUGAUAGUAGCGAAAUUACAAUACACUCAGUUUUAGCAUUCGGCAGAUUCAUCAAAACGUGUACUUUCUUUCUGCGCACCAAGCUCCACUUACUUUCAGAAUCGCCAUUCGGCAACCUACAAAAUCAUAACCUGGCUGCCAGAAAAAUGACGUCACUUUGCGCAAAAGUACAUGACCGCUAAACACACCCCUUUUCCUUUGAGAAAACAGAAUAGCUGAUAUUUUCUUGGUGAACUCUUACAACAUAAUACUCGGUCAAAAACGGAGAAAGAGGUCAUAAUUAAGAGAAAACGACAUUUUUUUUAAUCAUUUUUUUCGAUACCAACUGUCAUGACUGCCGUGUAAAAUGCAUCUUUAUAUUCUUUUAUCUAUGUCUACAGAUGGUAACAGCAGACUUCAUACCCUUCUCAUGGGAUCCCACAGGAGCAAGAGUGACGACUACUGUUUCUAGCCUUGAACUUAGGAACGGUUCUGGGCAUCUCUUGAAUACGACAGAACUGAAUUCGCGCAUUACUAUUAAACUUCAGAACCUCCAGGUCUUCAUGAACACAUUUCAGUCUAAUUACAUUGGAGCCAACAGAACUAUUUUCUACAAGAUAAAUGUCACCCAAGUAGGCAUGGCAUUGGUGCUAAAGAUUGGUCCGGAAAGUAACAAGACAGAGUUUCUGGUGACUGUUAAGUAUGGAGAGCGGCCGUCCCUAAGUAAUGGUGACUUUAAUGUAACAAUACCUGACCUUUCAUCUUGCGAUAGAAUGCCAUAUGGGUACCUCAAUUGCUCACGCGAUCCGUAUAUGGUGUUUAUGAACCAGGAAUUUGUCGAAAAGGAAGGUCUGGGAUACUACUUCGUCGGACUGACAGCCGUGUCACGAGUUUCUGCGAUUUCUCGAGUUAGGCGCUGCUCAAAGCGGUCCUGUGUGCGGUACAAGGAACCACCGACUGAGGGUACAAGUUACAGCGUACCGCACUACCGUGAAGGUGAUGAAAAGUACACCAUUCAUGUGAUGCCGGCUGCCUGCCUGUUCUGGAACGCGGAAAUAUCCAAGUGGACAUCAGAGGGAUGCAGGGUGAGAGAAGACAAGUUAUGAUGACCCUUAUUGUAAACUGUAAACUAAACGGCGUUAUAUUGAGUGUAAACACGUUUUUAAAUGGUUUAUUCCUGUUUUUAUGUAGUAUUUUAGUCUCACUUUAAGUGCAGCGCUUGAAACAUACAAUCAUGCUCUAUCAAUUUCCCUUAUUCUUAUGGAUGAUAUACACUACUUGCUUGCAGGUCACCGAGAUGACAACUCAAGAUUACAUUCAUUGCUCUUGCAAUCAUUUAAGUGCUUUUGGAGGUCAGUUACUUGUGGCGCCCACUCCCAUCGAUUUUGAUGAAGUUUUCAUCCAAUUGGCUAGUGUAUCAGAUAGCGGAUACACAGCUGUUAUAAUAGCUAUUAGCUGUGUGUUUGGGCUUUAUCUGGUGUUGUUGAUGUGGGCUCGAAAGAAUGACAAACGCGAUCUUAUGAAGGUAAGAACAUAACGCCAAAUCAUUAUGCUCUAAUGCUCUAAAGUUGAUAAAAUGAGAUUGGUUCUUGCUUAUUCAUCUUAAAAAUUUUUCGAGAUAAGAGGAAGCCCAGUGUUGUGGCAAGGACAUCAUCCGAAGUGCUUUACAUUCUCUGAAUUGUCUCUGAAGAAAAAGAGGAGUAAUGAAAGAAAAUAGAAAAGAUCGUGCGGAAAAUACGGAAUACUGUGGAAAUUCUACGCUAAGCUGUGAUUCAUCGAUAAUUGAAUUCAGCUGUGGUAAGGGAAGUUUAAGAAAACCUUCGGAGAGCUUAUUCAUAUUCUUAAGAAAUAAAAUUUCUGAAGUCAAGUAGAAGCUGAUCUUGGACUUGUGUAUUGCCUACUUGCACGUUCUCAGAGUCGGUAGCAAAUAAGCAAUAUCUUCUCUAAAACUCAAUUUAUGUCAUUUUUCUAACAGUUACAUUUUGUGUUCACUUUGAGCAUAGUUUAACGAGUUUUCCUUAUUGAUCUUCUGAUAGGUGGGCGAGAGUGCACUCCUAGGGGUUCCUUCGCCUUUGUCUUACUUCGUCGAGAUUCAAGUAUCUACGGGCAUUUGGCGCAACUCGGGCACUACUGCUAACGUUUUUAUUAUAUUGGAAGGAGAGUCAGGUGCCAGUAGACCGUUCCAUUUAAAGCACGACUCUUGCAUCUCUUUCGCAAGAGGCAGUAUUAUUUCCCUUAUUCUUUCAAUUCCAGACGACAUUGGCCCCAUAAGAACUGUCCGCGUGUGGCAUGACAACUCGGGCACCAAUCCAUCGUGGUUUUUGAACCACAUUAAGGUCUGCGAUCUAUCCACAAAGAAGCAGUGGAACUUCAUGUGUUUUGCGUGGCUGGCUGUUGACAAAGGUGAAGGAUUGAUAGAUCGCACCCUUCAUUGUACUUCCGCGACCGAUGAAGGAAUCGACUUUGCAAUAUAUGUGCAGAAUAAAAUUGCUGAAGAAUUCAGUGACUUACACAUUUGGCUUUCUGUAGCAACAAGACCACCGAGGUAUCGGUUUACUCGUGUUCAACGUCUGUCUUGCUGUCUGGCACUAUUGCUAACCUCGAUGCUGGCAAGUGCUAUGUUUUACCAGCACGGAGCAAUGGUAGACGACACUCAAGGAUCUCUCAGAAUGGGUCGUUUUGAUGUAAACCUGAAAGGAUUCAUUAUUGGAGUUCAGAGCCUAAUAGUCAUUUUUCCCACCUAUGUUUUGACUGUAGAACUUUUUGCCCAUACUCGAUCGUCAGAUGAGAAUAAACAAAUGACUCUCAAAGCUAACGCAGGAAAAAAAUCUUUUUCUUUUCCACACUGGUUUAUUUUCAUUCCUUGGCUCUUGUGUUUCCUCCUCUCAACUUGUGCGGCGGCUUUUGUUCUCUUCUACAGUCUACAGUGGGGUGCAGAUACAAGUGAGCAAUGGCUGGCUUCGGUUGCAAUAUCAAUUUUUGUCGACAUAUUUGUAGUAGAACCUAUUCAAAUCAUCGUAGUGGCCUUCAUACUGCCUCGUAUUUUUGAAGAAGAAACUGACAGAUCUACGUGGAUGCCUCGCUCUGUCGACCCCGAGGUUGAUCUUAGAGAUAUUAAAGUUGGCGGGCUAGGAGAUGAUGAGGCCGAAGAGGAAGAAGUUGAAAUACCAAAACCUCUAAGCAAGAAACAGCUACGUCGCGCAAGGAAAAGUCGAAUAAGAGAGAUACUUACAUAUUCGGCUUUUCGGAAAAUAGGAUCCUACAUGCUUUACUUAUUGAUUCUUAUGAUUGUUUGCUACGGUGGGCGUAGCAAGCAUGGGUACCUGAUGACAUCAUCCAUGAAGAAUAUAUUUGGAGAGCUUGACACUGUAAGUGAAUUGAGUAAUCUUGUUGUCUCACAGCUGACUACAUUGAUACGAAAGGAUGUAAUAACACCAUAAUGAUAGCAGACUUGAGGGGGUUACAGUUUUUUUGUAUACCAAAACAUCGAAGAGGCGCCAAAGAAAUGAAUAACUACCAAAGCUAUCGUAAAAAGAGACACGCCCUCGCUUACCAUGUGUUUAUUUUCCCUUUACUUUGCGAUUUAACAACGAAAUACCAUCGGCCGUGUGGUCCUAACUCAGAUGGCAUGUGAUUAGUGCUCAGAUAGCAAGGAGAAUAUCUCACAGGCAACGACUAAUGUCAACGCACUUAUUAUCCAGUUUCAGUAUUUCAUAUAAUUUUUAGUUAUUUCUUUAUUUAUAUAUUCUUAUGUUUAAAUAUUUUUAUAUUUAUGUUUUUUAUUUGAACAUUUAUAUACAUUUUUUAUUUGUCCCGCCGAAUCAUGCAGAUUUCAAAUCACUUCAAUACAUGGGACUGGGUACGUGACGUUUUGAUACCAGGGCUUUUUGAGGAUGGAAAAUACUUCACACUGAAUAGUUCCAGUCCUUACAUUGGAGACGGCGACGCUGUUCUCGUUGGGAUGCCUCGUCUUAGGCAGCUACGAGUCAAAGAAGGUAUUUUUAAGAAAUUGUAUCAACGUAGACCAAAAAAAAUACUGCUUGUGUUGACUGCGUCGACGAGACCGAUUUAAUGGUCAGCUGUAAACGCUCCGUCAAUAUUCCACGAAGCAAAUCCCAAGUUUUAAGUUGUGAGAGAACUCCCUAAAACCAAACUCUAAAGGGCAGCUCGCAUAAAGGCUGGAGUAUUGGAAUGAUAGUGGUGACAGAGACUAGCCUCAGACUUACCCUUCGGGUGAGCCAUCGUAAAGUUUAUGAAUUUGAUUUGAUUAAUUGCUAAGUAAAUAAUAAGAAAGAAAAAAAUUGCCCUUCAUUAAGGUUACUUAAAAACCAUUUACCCACUUUCUUUUGAGGCAGGAACAAAACUUCAUUUAUCAUGGUAGCUGCAUAAAAUGAUGACACGAUUCAUGCACGGUAUGUCCUCUAUCACAAUGACUACACAAAUUUUUCGCUCCCAGGUCCUUGUGACGUCGGCAUAGAGGAACUGACCACUCAAUUCAAUUCAUGUGUGGUUUCAUAUACAUUCAGUAACGAGGACAAAGCCAGCUUCCAUGAAACGAGAUGGCGUCUAUUUUCCUCAUCCAAGAAUGAGUCACUCAUUAGUCCUCAUCGUGUCUGUCCAAGUGCCUGGCAUUAUUCGUCUGCCCAAGAAACAUCAAGUCUUCCUUUGUGGGGAAAACUUCAUCUGUUAAACUUUUAUGGCGAAGGAGGUUACCUGGCCGAGUUGGGCUAUGACAAAACAACAGCACUGAAAGUCAUCUCUGAACUCAACCUGUUUAACUGGACUGACAGAUUUACCAGCGCUAUAAUUUUUGAGUUCACGGUUUUUAACUCUCAAGUAAAUUUGUUCAGCGUGAUUUGGAUCCUUACUGAAUUUUCACCAUGUGGUCUCGUGGUCUCUAAUCACGUGAUUCAUACUAUGCACAUAUAUGACAUUGGCGGGGGCUACAGUGCUGUAACCAUAACGUGCCAGUUGUUACUAGUGGCUUAUAUUAUAUACUUUGUUGUCACGGAAACGAGGAAAAUGAUUGCGGGAAUUAGAAUUUAUUUCUCUCAGUUUCUAAACUGGGUUGAACUUACGCAGACUUUUGCUGUCAUUGGCUUUCUCAUUUCUCACAUUAUGAAAGAAACACAGCUCUUUGCUACCACAGCGAAACUCAGAGAAAAUACUUUUCAGUUUAUCAGUUUUAAUAAAGGCAUUCUUCUGCAAGACCUGGAAACGCUAUUAGUAUCGUUACUGAUGUUUUUGAACACUUUGAAGUUACUUUAUUUGCUCAAAUUGAAUUCCCACGUGAGGCAUUUAUUUUAUGUAAUGAAAGUAUCUACUCGGGAACUCGUUCAGUGUUCGGUUGUUUUCGCUGUCUUCAUGUUUGGAUGUAUUCAUGUAGGAUACAUUCUGUUUGGGAGCGAACUUUACUCCUUUUCUUCGCCUUUCAUCAUUCUACAGUUUCUUCUAGUCGAAGGAGUCGUUGGUGGCGGUUUCAGCUACUUUUAUGAUUGCUGUACAGUCAUUGGCCCAGCUUACUUUACGGCGAUAAAAGUGGCAGUGAAUCUUAUAUGCAUCAACAUUUUCGUUUGUAUCCUUGUUUAUAAUUAUGGCCGCAUCAGGGAACUCUCAAGAGGGAAGUUUGAUCUUGGACAUUUCAUGUUUGUGAAAAUAAAAGAACUACUGGGUUGCGGGGGCGACCGUCAGGGAGCGAAUGAAGACAUUUCCGGGCAUGAUCUACCGAGCACAGAGAUCGAGGAGGAUAUUCUUCCUGAGGCAGCAGAGAUAUUGGCGAGGCUGGAUCGGAUUAACCAUCUUUUAAAUGUUCAUUACGCCGACGAAUUUUGUGAAGACCUUGAACUGUUUUCUAUGUGGUUUGAUCUUCGCAUGCAAGCUAAGAAAUCCAAGGAUUUACAAGAAAAUUGGGUCGAUGCUCAAGAAAGUUUUGAGGCUGUUGUAGAAGAAGAUUGGGUGGAUGCAUAUCAAGAAUGA